AUGAACGCAGAUCAGCUCUCGUACAAACGCGCCACGUCGGUCAGCCUCAUCGGGCUCGCCAUCCAGCUCGUCCUCGCCACGACGCUCAUCGUCUAUUCGCGCCUCGGCGCCGACCCCGCCGCCUUCACCGCCGCCAUCGCCAUGUUCCUCGGGCUCCCCAUCUGGGCGACCCUCGCGGUGGUCUUCUACCAGCACAAGCUCGAGCGUCUCGAGGCCCUCGAGGCCGAGAUGUACGCCGGAUCGUCCGCCGCCGAGGCCUCCGUCUUCGAGGAGUCGGGCGGCGACCUCAACGUCCAGGCCGCCAAGCUCGCCUGGCUCCAUAAGUGGUUCCUCCCCAUCGUCUCCCUCGCCGUGGGCGUCGCGUACGUCGCGCUCGGCGUCGUCCGCUUCACCGGGCGCGAGAUCGCCACCGAGGACGCCAUCUACGCCGCCCCGCCCGAGACCGGCUGGGCCAUCGCCAUCGGCGUCGGCAUCGCCGCCAUCGGCUUCGUCUUCGCCCGCUUCGUCGCGGGCAUGGCCAAGCAAUCCGCGUGGAUGCUCCUCCACGCCGGCAGCGCCACCUCCGUCCUCGCCGCCAUCCUGGGCGGGCUCGUCGCGCUCGCCCACUUCAUGCACGCCGCGAUCAAGGAGGACGCCCUCCUCGAGAUCCUCCCCGCCGUCGUCUCCGUCGGCAUGGUCGCCCUGGGCGUCGAGAUCUUCCUCAACUUCGUCCUCAACCUCUACCGCCCCCGCACCGCCGGCCAGACGAUGCGCCCGGCCUUCGAUUCCCGCGUCCUCGCCUUCGUCGCCGCGCCGGACCGCUUCGCCAAGUCCAUCUCCGACGCCAUCAACUACCAGUUCGGCUUCAACGUCAGCUCCACCUGGUUCUACCGCCUCCUCAGCCGCACCAUCAUCGCGCUCGCCAUCCUCUGCGCCGCCCUCAUCUGGGCCAUGUCCGCCGUCGUCAUCGUCCAGCCGGGCGAACGCGGCGUCCUCGUCAGCAACGGCGAGUUCGUCCGCGAGGUCGAGCCCGGCCCCGUCUUCAAGGCCCCCUGGCCCUUCGCGAAGGUCGUCACCUUCCCCGCCGAGUCCGUCAACGAAUUCGUCAUCGGCGAAUCCGUCGAAGAGGACGGGCCCAUCCUCUGGACCAAGUCCCACUCCGCCAACCCGCUCUACGUCAUCGUCCAGCCCACCGCCACGACCCUCGACGAGAGCGAGGCCGCCUCGAGCCUCUCCCUCCUCGUCGCCGAGAUCCCGGUCCACUACGUCGUCCGCACCGGCGAGCUCCGCAGCUACCUCGAUCUCGCUCAGGACGGCCCCGAGUCCGACCCCGACCGCAUGCGCCGCGAGCUGCUCCGCUCCAUCGCCUCGCGCGUCGCCAUCGAGCACCUCUCGACCCUCAACGUCGACGAGGCCAUCGGCUCCGGACGCAUCCCGCUCGCCGACGAGCUCAAGGCGAAGAUCCAGGCCCGGUUCGACGCGAUCAGCGCCGGCGUCCGCGUCACCUUCGUCGGCAUCGCCGGGCUCCACCCCAACGAAGAGGUCGCCCCCGCCUUCGAGAAGCUCGUCGCCGCCGACCAGAAGAAGCAGGCUGAGAUCGAGAAAGCCGAGGCCGACGCCAUCCGCCUCCUCGCCGCCGUCGCCGGCGAGGUCGACAAGGCCGAGCGCAUCCUCGAGGGGCUCAAGCGCCUCGAAGCCCUCGAGCAGGGCCGCGCCGACGACGCGAUCAUCGCCCAGCAGGAGCAGGAGAUCAUGGAGAUGAUUCUCGACGCCGGCGGCCAGGCCGCCGCGAGCAUCGCCUCCGCCAAGGCCGACCGCUGGACGCGCCACAUGGACGCGCGCUCCCGCCUCGCCUCGAGCACCGGGCAGAUCGCCAUGUUCCGCGCCGCCCCGGAGCCCUACCUCGCCUCGCAGCUCGUCCAGGCGUACCGCGAGCUCUUCGCGACGAGCAGGCUCCAGAUCACGCCGUUCGACACGCGCAUCGAAGUCAAUCAGGACAGGAGUCACCGGAACAUGCGAAAGCUGGUGCUGGUCGGAAUCGCGCUCAUCGUCGCUCUGGCGUUCGCGCUCUACAUGGUCACCUACACCGUCUCCUACACGGACCGGGCCGUCGUGACCACGUUCGGACGCGCCGGAGACGGGAGCGUCAUCGAGGACCCGGGCCUCAAGUGGAAGCUCCCCGCACCCGUGCAGAGCACCACCGUCUACGACACGCGCGUCCGCUUCCUCGAGGCACGCCUCGAGCAGCAGCAGACCGCCGACGACCGACAGAUCGUCGUCAAGGCCUUCCUCACCUGGCGCGUCGACGACCCGCUCACCUUCUACCAGCGCUUCUCCGGCAGCGCCGGCUCCGAGACCCGCGAGCACUACCGCAAAGCCGAGGACACACUCACCUCACUCCUCCGCAGCGCCGUCGCGGAGAUCAGCCGUUACCAGCUCGGCGAGCUCUUCGCCCCCACCCAGGGCGCCUCGAAGCUCGAGGACCUCGAGAACGCCAUCCUCGCCCGCAUCCGCGGAGGCGAGAGCGGCUCCAUCGCCGACUACGGCCUCGCCAUCGAGAUGGUCGGCAUCAACGCCGUCGAGCUCACCAGCGAUACCACACAGGAAGUCUUCAACCGCAUGAAGAGCCGGCGCGAGAAGCUCGCCGCCAAGGCCGAGUCCGAGGGCGCCGCCGCCGCGACCGCCAUCCGCGCCGAGACCGAGAGCGACGCACGCCGCAUCCGCGCCUUCGCCGAGUUCCGCGCCUCCGAGCUCUCCAAUGAGGGCGGCAUCGAGGCGGCCGCGUUCCUGAGCCAGCUCCAGGAAGAGCCGCGCCUCGCCGUCUUCAUGCAGUUCGUCGACCUCAUGCGCGAGGGCUUCGGCCGUCGAGCCACCUUCGUCCUGCCCACCGACAUGCUCGGCAUCUCCAUCUUCUCGCCGGACGUCCUCCGAGACAUCCAGAGCGGCCGCCUCCCGGACAUGGGCAUCGGCGGCGAGCGCAGCGGGGGGACCGGCGCGUCGCUCGUCCUGCGCCAGGACAACGUCCGCGAGCAGCGCGCCGUCUCCAUGGAGGCCGCCAACAAGUCUCUCGCCGACGCGCUGAAGUUCACCUACCGCAUCAUCCAGGUCCUCAUGAUCGUCCUCGCGGGCCUCUUCGUCUUCUCCGGCUUCCAGCAGGUGAACGAAGGCGAGACCGGCCUCCGCAUCGAGUUCGGCAAGCUCAAGGGCGGCGCCCUCUCCCCCGGGUUUCACUUCUCCCUGCCCUACCCCAUGGGCGAGCUCGACAUCGUCGACACACGCCAGCAGUCGCUCGUCAUCGACGAGACGUUCUGGCCCAACGUCCCGGACAAAACCCGCGGCCUCGAGCAGCUCGGCUACGGCGGCAUCAAACUCAUCACCGGCGAAGACGGAUCGCUCCUCACCGGCGACGGCAACAUCGUCCACACCCAGUGGUCCGUCCUCUACCGGCGUGACCAGCCCGUCGAAUUCGCCGCCAACCUCCACCCGGACGCCGAGGAGCCGCUCGUCCUCGCCGCCGUCGAGCGCGCCGUCGUGCGGGUCGUCGCGGAGAUCAGCAUCGACGAGCUGCUCAAGCCGAGCUCCGGCAACGCGGGCGACUCGAGCAUCGAGGCCCGCGUCCGCGCGAUCGCGCAGGACGCGCUGGACCGGCUCAACUGCGGCAUCCGCAUCGACGAGACCGUCCUGAGCGCCAAGAGCCCGCCCGUCCGCGUCCGCGCCGAGUUCGAGUCCGUCAACAAGGCGGUCGAGACCUCCAACAAGGCCAUCGCCGACGCGUCCAGCGACCGCUCGGUCACGCUCACCUCUCUCGCCGGCACCGCCUACGAGCCCCUGCUCGACCUCAUCAAUGAGAUGGAAGAGGCCCGCGCCCUGGGCGAGGACGCCCGGGCCGAGCAGCUCCUCGCCACCGUCCGCCAGCUCUUCGACGGCCGGUUCAACCGCGCCGGCGCCGUCGAGAUCGCCGGGCGUACCUACCGCGACGUCAACUUCUCCGGCGAGCUCAGCACCCUCAUCGCCAACGCCAACCAGGAGCGCUCGGUCAAGAUCGCCAGCGCCCGCGCCACCGCCCAGCAGUUCCAGGCCCAGCUCGAGCAGUACCGCGCCAACCCGCGCGUCUUCCUCUCCACCGAGUACACCGACGCCUUCAAGAGCCUCCUCGAGAACGACACCGUCUCCGUCUUCUGGCUCCCGCCCGGCACCGACCCGCUCGUCUGGAAGCUCACCACCGACCCCGAGCACGAGCGCGAGAUCGAGCGCGAGAUGAAGCGACUCGAGGACGCCAUCGUCCGCGCCAACGGACUCACCAAGAUCUUCAAGGACUUCUGGCUCCGCGACCGCGCCCGCGCCGUCGACGGCAUCGAUUUCGAGAUCCGACGCGGCGAGAUCUUCGGCCUCCUCGGGCCCAACGGCUCCGGCAAGUCCACCACCAUCAAGAUGAUCCUCGGGCUGCUCAAGCGCACCCGCGGGCGCAUCGCCGUCUUCGGCAAGCCGCCCACCGACGUCGCCAUCAAAAAGCGCAUCGGCUACGUGCCCGAGGAGUCCUACCUCUACCCCUUCCUCAACGCCCGCGAGACGCUCGACUACUACGGCAAGCUCUUCCACCUCUCCUCGAAGGUCCGCGAGAAGCGCAUCGACGAGCUCCUCGACAUGGUCGGCCUCACCGGCGUCCAGUUCCGCCAGGUCCGCGAGUACUCCAAGGGCAUGCA